UCCGGUCACUCCGUCCCCUUCCCUGCCCCGCAUCACUCCCUCCACACGCGGUGCGUGAAGACACUGGCAGGGGAGCUGCGCAUCCGAAACGGCCUGAAGAAAUGUGGCUCUUCUGCCUCCUGGUGUCGGCCCUGUUCUGCAGGGUUGGAGGCUCCAUCCACAUCCCUCCGAAGCUCUUUGGGGAGGUGAUGUCCCCUCUGUACCCCAAGCCUUACCCCAACAACUUUGAGACAACCACUGUGAUCACAGUCCCCACGGGAUACAGGGUGAAGCUCGUCUUCUGGCAGUUUGACCUGGAGCCUUCUGAAGGCUGUCACUAUGACUUUGUCAAGAUCUCUGCUGAUAAGAAAACCCUGGGGAGGUUCUGUGGGCAACUGGGGUCUCCCCUGGGCAACCCCCCGGGAAAAAAGGAAUUUCUGUCCCAAGGGAACAAGAUGCUGCUGACCUUCCACACGGACUUCUCCAAUGAGGAGAAUGGGACCAUCAUGUUCUACAAGGGCUUCCUGGCCUACUACCAAGCUGUGGACCUCGAUGAAUGUGCUUCCCAGCACAACUUAGUUAAGGAGGACCCCCAGCCCCAGUGCCAGCACCUGUGUCACAACUACGUUGGCGGCUACUUCUGUUCCUGCCGUGCAGGCUAUGCGCUUCAGAAAGACAGGCAUUCCUGCCAGCCUGAGUGCAGCAGCGAGCUGUACACAGAGCCGACGGGCUACAUCUCCAGCCUGGAGUACCCCCGGCCCUACCCACCCAACCUGCGCUGCAACUACAGCAUCCGGGUGGAGCGGGGCCUUACCCUCCACCUCAAGUUCCUGGAGCCUUUCGAGAUUGAUGACCACCAGCAAGUACACUGCCCCUAUGACCAGCUGCAGAUCUAUGCCAAUGGGAAGAACAUUGGCGAGUUCUGUGGGAAGCAGAGGCCCCCCGACCUGGACACCAGCAGCAAUGCUGUAGACCUGCUGUUCUUCACAGAUGAGUCAGGGGACAGCCAGGGCUGGAAGCUGCGCUACACCACUGAAAUCAUCAAGUGCCCCCAGCCCAAGACCCUAGAUGAGUUUACCAUCAUCCAGGACCUGCAGCCUCAGUACCAGUUCCGUGACUACUUCAUUGCUACCUGCAAGCAAGGCUACCAGCUUGUGGAGGGGAACCAGGCACUGCUCUCCUUCACGGCUGUCUGCCAGGAUGAUGGCACGUGGCAUCGCGCCAUGCCCAGGUGCAAGAUCAAGGACUGCGGGCAGCCCCGAAGCCUGCCUAAUGGGGACUUCCAGUACAGCACCACAGAGGGGCUGAACACCUACCAGGCCCGUAUUCAGUACUCUUGCCAUGAGCCGUACUACAAGAUGCACACCAGAGCCGGCACCAGCGAGUCUGCACGAGGGCUGUACGUCUGCACGGCCCAGGGCAUUUGGAAGAAUGAACAGGAGGGAGAGAAGAUUCCUCGGUGUUUACCAGUGUGCGGGCAGCCCGUGCACCCCGUGGAACAGAAGCAGCGCAUCAUCGGAGGGAAGAAGGCCCAGCUGGGCAACUUCCCCUGGCAGGCCUUCACCAACUUCCACGGGCGAGGCGGCGGGGCCCUGCUGGGCGACCGCUGGGUCCUCACAGCUGCCCACAACCUCUACCCCAAGGAGCACGACAGUCAAAGCAACGCCAGCCUGGAUGUGUUCCUGGGCCACACAAAUGUGGGAGAGAUCAUGAAACUGGGGAAUCACCCCGUGCGCAGGGUGAGCGUACACCCAGACUACCGUCAGGACCAGCUCCACAGUUUUGAGGGGGACAUCGCCCUCCUGGAGCUGGAAAAUAGUGUCACCCUGGGUCCCCAGCUUCUACCCAUCUGCCUCCCUGACAACGAAACCUUCUAUGACGAGGGCUUCAUGGGCUAUGUCAGUGGCUUUGGGAUAACAGAGAACAGAAUGACUAAUGACCUCAGAUUUGUCCGUCUGCCGGUAGCCAAGCGACAGGCAUGUGAGAGCUGGCUCCGGGGUAAAAAAAGGACUGAUGUGUUUUCUGACAACAUGUUCUGCGCCGGGGAUCCAGCCGUCAAGCAGGAUUCCUGCCACGGAGAUAGUGGAAGUGUUUUUGCAGUGAGGGACCACAACAGCGAUCGCUGGGUGGCCACGGGCAUCGUGUCUUGGGGCAUCGAGUGUGGCAAGGGGUACGGCUUCUACACCAAAUUACUCAGCUAUGUGGACUGGAUCAAGAAAGAGAUGGGGGAGGAGGGCUGAGCCCAGAACCCACUGGGUCAGAAUCCAGAGAGCCGUGCUGGGAAAAGCUACCUGUGCAGUUCUGGAUGACCGUCAAAAAGCCACAUUAAAGUCACUGAUGCAGAAA